AUGUCUGCAUCAGAAUACUACGGUGGCCACAGCCAACAGCACUCUUACGGCGCGCCCCAACAGCAGCAAUACGCAUCACCAUACGGGGGCUACGCUGCACCAGCUCAACAGCACUAUGCAUCCGGGCCGUCACAAUCAUAUGACAACCGCCAACCAGGCCAAACGCAGGAUGGCGAGAAAGGUCUGAUGGCAACGGUCAUCGGCGGCGGUGCCGGCGGCGCCAUCGGGCACAAAAUGAGCCACGGAAGCAAGUUCAAGACACUGUUGGGCGGAGCAGCCGUCAUGGUCACCACGGCCAUGGGCAUCACCAAGCGCCACCGCCACAGCAUGGACACGGAGGUUCUUUCGGAGGACUGCUCGGGUCCGCCGGCUCUCACCACGGCGGCAGUCAUGGAGGCUCUAUGGGUGGGCUUGGUGGCUUGCUUGGUGGCAAGCAGCACCACGGUCCACCUGCACAUCAUGGUCACGGGCACCAUGGACAUCACGGACACCAUGGGUGAGCUUGAGUUCGCGUAUCUGAAAUCAACGGGCGUGCUUCCGUACCAGAAUUUGCAGGUUCUGACUCCAGUGCACACGCUCAGUUCUUUCUGCACCACAGUGACCACAUUCUUCCCCAUUCUUCACAUCAUCUGGACCCUAGACGGAGUCACAGAAUCAGAAACGUCGCUCCUUCAUACAUUCUUUCCCCUGGUAGUCAAUCUUUGGGAACAUCGGACACUCAGCGUACUGAGAGAUCCGUCAUGCGAUCUCAUCACCAGGACCGCAAACGCACUCUCCAAUAUCCUAGCCUAG